AUGUCGGACCAAACCGAGCAGACACUGGUCCAGGCUACUGAAGGCAUAAACCCAAACGAAAGCAUCCCGUCGAGAGAAGGCCAAGGCCAUCUAACGACCUCAUCCGUGGCCAAGGAUACUCCCUCAUAUCCGACAGAGAGUAGCGACACUUCUGACAAAUUCAACGAUCAUGCAGAACUCCCACCCACAUCGCCGACAGGAGGGUUCCCGAUCGAAACCAAGGGCGACGCCGACCUGGCUAAGACGGAGUCACGAGCCGACAAGUUCUCCAAGGGGAGGAUGCUCGUCAUCCUGUUUUCCCUGAGCAUGGCUCUGUUUCUAGCAGCUUUGGACGUUACCAUCAUUACCACGGCCUUGCCCACAAUUGCGGGCCACUUUGAAGCCAGUGCGGCUGGGUUUACGUGGGUGGGAAGCUCAUAUCUUCUGGCAAAUGCUGCAAGUGUCCCGCUCUGGGGCAAGGUUUCCGACAUCUGGGGCCGAAAACCGAUGCUCAUUCUCGCCAACGUGGUAUUUAUGGCUGGGAGCUUGAUUGCCGCUCUCAGCAAUUCUAUCGGAUUGCUGAUUGGAGGACGAGUCAUUCAGGGCAUCGGGGGUGGUGGACUUGUCACUCUGGUUAACAUCUGUAUCGCCGACCUGUUCAGCAUGAGAGACCGCCCAAAAUAUUACGGCUUCAUGGGUAUGGUUUGGGCUGUUGCCUCUGGCGUCGGACCAGUCAUUGGCGGUGCCUUUACUCAGGGCGUCUCCUGGCGUUGGUGCUUCUACAUCAAUCUGCCUUUGGAUGGCCUUUCGCUCAUUCUUCUCACCUUCUUCCUCAAGCUCGAAACUCCCAAGACACCGUUCUGGGCCGGCAUCAAGGCCAUCGACUGGGUUGGCGUCAUCACCAUUGUGGGAGGAGUGGUCAUGUUCCUGAUGGGCAUGGAAUCUGGCGGAGCGACUCACCCGUGGGACAGUGCCUACACCCUCUGUCUCAUCAUCUUUGGCAUUGUCACCAUAGUCGUCUUCUUUUUGAAUGAGUGGAAGCUGGCCAAGUAUCCCAUCAUCCCCCUGCGGCUCUUCAGGGAUUCUUCGAACCUCGCCUCUUUGGGUGUAUGCUUCAUCCAUGGGUUUGUCUUCAUUUCCGCGUCCUACUACCUUCCCGUCUACUUCCAGACCGUCCUCAGCGCAACACCCAUACUUAGUGGUGUCUACCUGUUCCCCUUCGUCUUGAGCUUGUCCUUCGCCUCGGCAACAACCGGCAUCUUCAUCAAAAAGACCGGCCGAUAUCGAGAGCCGAUUUGGUUUGGACUCGCCAUGAUGACGUUGGGAUACGGCCUGUUUAUCGACCUGGACCCAUGGGCCAACUGGGCCAAAAUCAUCAUCUAUCAAAUCGUCAUGGGCAUCGGCGUCGGCCCCAAUUUCCAAAGUCCUCUCAUCGCCCUGCAGAGUCACGUCAAAGGCCACGACAUUGCCGUGGCGACCGCCCUGUUCGGCUUUGUACGCAACCUGUCGACCGCAGUUUCGGUUGUCCUUGGCGGCGUCGUCUUCAACAACGAGCUCUCCAAGAAAGAAGGCUAUCUCCGCACUGUCCUCUCGCCCGAAGAUGCCCGGAUAUUGACGAGCUCCAGUUUCGCGGCGACCACUGGAUUCGUGCGACGGUUGCACGGGGCUCAGAAACACGCCGUCAACGUCGCCUACACUUCGAGCAUGCGCACCAUGUGGAUCUUUUACACCGCCUUUGCUGCUUUCGGCAUCUUGAUCAGUCUCUUCAUCUCCAAGAAGGAACUCAGCCGCACCCAUGAGACGGCCAAGACGGGCAUCGCGGAGCAGGAGCGGGUCAGGCAAGUCGAGCAAGCGGAGAGGAAGGCAAGGCGCAGCGCCGCCGACCCGGAGAAGGGCAAAAAGUAA